UUGAUUCCUCUCCUCUCUCCUUUUCCGGCAUUGAUAAACCUACAAAAUUUUGCUAUUACAAUUUAAUCCAAUUAGAAUUAUUGAUUGAUAAAUAUUAAAUUUAGCUUAUUGUUUUAGUGUUAAUUGUUUUAAGCGCAAUCAUGGAUCUCCAUCGACCGGUGGACCCUAAUAAGACUUAUGAAGAAUUGACGGCUGAUGAAAAGCUGAGAUAUGACCACCAAAAGUUACACGAGCUUCACAAGGGACACGAAUCAAUGCACACAACAAUGAUACUAAUAUUGAUAAUGACCCUGAUUGUAGCACAGAUUAUUGUGGUCGAGUGGAAGAAACGACAUUACAGGUCUUACGCUUUUUUCACAAUGUGCGCGAUGUGGUCAAUACCAGUGCUGAUGAGCGUUAAGAAUCAUUGGGUGCGCUUCAUCGUGGUGUGGUCCAUAUUCACCAUGCUCACCGCCGUCGUCAUCAGGAAGUCGACGCAUAAACCCAUGUCUGUCACCACGCCCAGAUUAGUUUACAAAUGGUUCUACCUCAUAUACAAAGUGAGCUGUUGUCUCGGCGUGGUGGGGUAUAUCCUCAUGAUGCUCACCUUCGUGGGUCUCAACCUGGUCUUCGGCCAUAAACCCCAGCAAUGGAUGGACGUGGCAUUGAUGCUGUUAUUCUACGGAUUGUAUUUUGGAGUUUUGGGACGGGACGUCGCCGAGUAUUGUACGGAUAAGAUGGCCGCUUCUAUAGGGUAUUACACACAAGAGGGUAUACCCACACGGCAAUUGGAGAGUAAUGUGUGCGCGGUCUGCGGAAACCAAUUGUUAGUUAAUGUGAAUGAAGAAGGGGUUUUAGAGAACACGUACAAACUGACAUGCGGCCACGUGUUCCACGAGUUCUGCAUCCGAGGAUGGUGCAUCGUCGGCAAGAAGCAGACGUGUCCGUACUGCAAAGAGAAGGUGGACCUGAAGAGGAUGUUCACGAAUCCCUGGGACCGCCCCCACAUACUGUACGGUCAACUCUUAGACUGGAUCAGAUGGUUAGUGGCGUGGCAGCCACUCAUAUUGUUCCUAGCCCAGGGAAUUAACUGGCUUUUAGGACUAGAGUAAGGUGUGAUAAUUAUAUGGACUGGUCGUAGUUUACCGAUGUUGUUAUGUGUUAAUAGUUUUUUUGUAAAAUAUGGGUCCAUAACAGGGCAGAUUUACCUGAUUACCAUUAUUGGGGCAUAGUGUCUGCUCUUGAUGGUACAUAUGAUCAGUCAGUCAGUCUAUUAUGGUCAUGGACUAUCUAACGAGCAUAAUCUUAGACUGGGUCAAUAAACCUCGAUUUUAUAGACCAGUUAAUUGCACGGACGGCUUAACCAACAUAACCCAUGUAAUAAACUGAAGGUUUCAAGGUUUCUUGUUAAAUUUGAAAUCCUUAACCGAAAAUUAGCUGGGAUCGCACCUAUGUGCUAUAUGGCAAACUCCUAAACUGCAUUAGAUGGCUGUUCUUAGUUGGCUUUGAGGUUAUCCUGUUUAGAAUUUGUAUUCGAAUCGACCUAUCAGGAGUCUGGCUGUAGCCCUGUGAUUUGUAGCUUUGAUAGAAAUCGAAAUAAUAUAAAACAAUCGAAAAAGCCAUAUGAUUAUUGUAAUUAAAUAAAAGCAUUACAAUUGGUACUUAUUAUUACGAAAAAUUAUAAAAUUUUUGACGAUAGUAAAAUUAGCAGUAGUAGCCAUAUUGUUUUUGAAACUAUAAGAAUGACUUGCGCGCAAUUUUCCCCGCAGUUGUAAAGUUGUUAAAUAAAACUCAGUAUUGAGAUGAGAUAUAAAAGCGUUGGGACUGAUGGUGACGAUUACCUACUAUCAGUUGCAGCGACAUAUUUAGCAGAACUCUUAUAUAAUCAUCUAUUAUUUCGAAUUCUAUAGUAUUUCACACUAAAUUCUUUUACAUGGCUGCGUCAAGGCUAAGUAUCAAUUGUCAUUUUAAAAUGAUUUUUAUACAAUUUUACUAAUCCCACUGCUGCCACCAAAAAUUGUAUAAAACAUCACUUUAAAAUUAAUUUAAAAAUAAUGUCUAUAAGUACGAUUAUCGUUGGUAAUCGAUGCCAGAUAAUUAUUGCUAAUUCCAUUUAAUGACUCUGGGAUCCCCCUUUAAGACUCCGAUCCAGAAUAAAGUCCAGAUAUUAUAAGGUGUAGUGCAUAAAAUCCAGUUUAAUUUUCUUGUUUAAUUUUCUUACCUUUUACAAUUGAGUUUUACUUGUAAAGUCUUUUUUUCCUGGCGUUUCGCCCUGGUUACAUCUUCACCACUCUUGAAAGGAGACGCCCUUGACCAUGGAUCCUGGAUUUGGUGAGUCAGGUUUUUACACGAAGCAUCCCAUGUGAACUCCGCAAUCUUCGCAUGGGAAUCUGACUCAUAUUGGAUCAAAUUCAGUUUUACUUGUGAAGUACUUACUUCUAUUGAAGACGUCAUAUUAAUAUUGUGCGUUUUCACAGAAUUUUAGUAAGUUAUCACUAUUUUGUAUGUCUUUUUUUCCAAAUUGAUAUCAGAAUUAAGAUUGUAUUAAAUCUGUACAUUGAUGUACAAAUAGAAUUAUUGUAUAGAUGGAUUUUGUAAAGUACACAGUAUUUAUGGAUUAAAAUUUUAAAAUGCGAUGUAUGUAUUAUAUUAAAAUAUAUCAUAAUGUAUUGUAUAAGAAAUUAUCGUGUUAUCCAACACUGGAAUGGAAGCAAGUCACAUUUUAUGUUUCGACUAGCAUUAGCCCGCGAAUUCGCUCGUGGUAACUAUUUUUUUUCUUUCGGAUAAAAGUACACAAUUUAUUUUCUCAGUAUUGUUAAAUAUUUAGGAAUGGGAAGUAGGUAAAUCGUGCUUUUUCGGAUGCAAGUCUCAUUAAAAUGAGUCUUGUAUCCGAAAACUGUCAAGAAUUAAAUUAUUGAUAAAAACCUGCAAGCAAAUCCAUUAAUUAUUUCGUCUAUAAGAAAAAAAAUUGCGGUGAAGGAAACGUUUAUUCGUGAAUUGUAAUCCUCUUGUCUAUAUUCACACGAAUUUUGAGUGAAAGGUUUAAUUUAAAAAUUGUACCCCUGUGAAUUUGAAUGUUAGUUAAAUAUGUAAAUAAUCAUGUGAUGUCGAGUGUGUGAUUUUAUAAAUAAUUAAUUAGUUAUUAUCAUUUAUUCAUUCAUUAUUACUUAAUUAAAGAUUGCCGUGCCAUGUGGUUCUCGGCACCAAUAAAAAAACAAAGAAUAGGACCAGUCCUUCUCUUUCCCAUGGAUGUCGUAAAAGGCGAUUAGGGGAUAGGCUUAUAAACUUGGGAUUCUUGUUUUAGGCGAUGGGCUAGCAACCUAUCACUACUUGUAUCUGAAUUCUAUCAUCAAGCCAAAAAGCUGAACGUGGCCUCUCAGUCUUUACAAGACUGUUGGCUCUGUCUACCCCGCAAGCGAUAUAGACGUGACUAUACAUAUGUAUGUUUGUUUAUACUAUUGAGACAAAGAUCAAAAAAGUUAAGCAAAAUGAUGAGCAAAUUAACAUUACUUUUGAAUAUUACAUAAUUCAGCCACUUUCCGGGGUUUUUUUUUAAUCUGGCGUUAGUCUCAGAGGCAUCCUCACCUUUUUGCAGAGGAGUCGGGGUUGUGCCUCUGACCGUGGUCCUAAAUUGGGUGAGUCAGGUUAUUACACAAAGCGACUCCCGUCUGACCUCCGCAACCUUUGCAGGGGAACAUAACCCGUAUUGGAUCGUGGUACGUGCAUGGUUAAGUAAAAAUAAAUGUGAAGAUGCCAUUAAAAACAUCCUGUAAAAAAACCCAAGUCUCGCAGCUCAGUCUUUCUACCGUAAGAAGUUGUGAGAUCCAUGUAAUACCAAGUCGGUUAAUCUAUUUAGUCUCUACUUAAAGGACCUUUUGCCUUAUCCUCCAGAUAUAUAAGUCGCUAUUUUAAUCCAGUAAUCGUAAACCAGUCAACUGAAGUGGUUUUUAAGCUUAAUAAUAUAUGAUUUUUUAUGAUUCCUUUUUAAUUUGCAGUGAUAAGUGAUACGUUGUAUCCAAUUUUGAAAAUAAAUCUAUUCUAUUCUAUUCUAAUGUAUGUAUCGAAACGGGACUUGGUUAGCUUAUUGUUUGUAAAAUUAUGAAGCAUUUGUAGUUAUAUUUUGUACAAAUAAAUCGGAUUCAAUAUUUUCGUUAUUAUUUUU